ACGUGACAAAAUUAUUACUAAAGAGUUCUCAGGCCGAUUUACACACAUAUAGGCCUUGUUGUUUUCGCUUUUUGUCUGUAGAGUUAAGCAUUGAUUUGCCCAUUUUAACUAUCUGAAAGGAUAUUCAUGAACUACAUACCGUGUUGGGUACUAAUUUAGAAUUAUACACACCGGGUUUGGAUAUUAUUUGAGGGGUUGAGAAUUCAAGCCGUGUUAGUCACUUUGACCUAAUUUUUCAGCUUCGGAAAAAAGGAGUUUACAUUUGAGAUAAUUAACAACUCUGGUGUCAGGAAAACUAUUUUAUUUUCCUUUGUUUUAAUCACUUCUACCACUUCCAUUCGUAACCCCUAAAUUUUUACGAUACCUUAUCGACUGUAGGCCUGAAAGCGCGCUGCUGCACCGGUUGUGCAAACGUUGAAAAACGUUGCGGAACACAUCAUUGUGAUUACUUACCGUAUUAUAGUUGCGAGCAGAAAACUUGAUAAAACAUCAUUCCUUCUAUACAAUGUAUAAUAAAUAAAGAAGACCAUUGUUUUGUUUUAAAGCAACAAUCACUUGUAAUAACCUUGGGGACAUAAAUUUGCGUAAUUUUUCAGCGUAAAAUCAAUGAGCAUAUAAUGCAUGUUGUGCGGAGUUAUAAAAGGAAUGAUACUAAAGUUACGAACAGAAAAAGGGGUAAAAGCCCCUUUAUUCGUCCCUCGAAAGCUCCGACUCCUAUUCCGGUAUCAUCCUGAUUACAAGGUAUGUGUGAUGCUGGCGACGUGGUGGCGUCGCCAAUUCCAAGUCUGGCCCUGGUCCUGGAGGUGGAUGCUGGGACAAGAAGAUCAACCACGGAACAACUCGCGUCGAAGAACCUCGUGACCCAUGUGGACCUACAUGAUGGCCGCUGCGAGCGCUGACCCCUUGGCAGCACACACGAGACGCCUCGCAGCCUCUCACAGACCCCAUCGUGAACCCCCGAGUCAAACCACCCUCAGCAAUCAUGUGCCUCCCAGCGAAUCGUGCAGCCAAACGACGCAGUUGGACAUUCCCAGGCAAGAUGGCGGGAUCGCCCGACUCUCUGGCACGGAACGAUGCCCGGAUACUGAAUCAUCGGAAGUCAUUCGCAUCUUUGACCCAUCUCGCACCGAUCAGGAGGUCGGUGCUAUGGAGGAUACCUGCGACAGCAUCCGGAAUUCAGAGAAGCUGCAUCGCCGCCUUCAUCGUCUUACCAAUCGUCUUCAGAGGAUGUGGAAAUGCCGGCCGAGAAAACGAAAAAAAGACCGGGAACCGGACGGUUUCCUAGCGAAGUUUCAGGGCAGCGGUGCCUCGGCAUCGCCCGAACACAGCGCCACGUGCUGUUGGGGACAUCGUCUCGCCAUUGACCCAACCCUCCCGUUUCACUACAGAUGGCUGCUGGUCGUUUCGCUUGCGGUACUUUACAAUCUGGUGUUCGUCGUUGGUCGCGCUGUUUUCUGGGAGUUGAACAACGCCGUCCCCGGAGUUUGGUACCUCCUAGACUACGUCUGCGAUGCCAUUUACCUUCUGGAUAUUAUCGUUCACGCUCACGAAGGGUACCUGGAGCAGGGAUUGAUGGUAAGGGAUGCGAAACGGCUCAGACAGCAUUACUUCAAGACUGCUAGAUGGCGGCUGGAUUUCCUCGCUAUUUUUCCCACGGAUCUCGCCUACUUUUGGUGGAGUCCAAGCUCCUGCCAAGUGCAGGUACCGUGUCCCGUGAUUGUAAGGACCAAUCGAUUACUGAAGUUGUCCCGAAUGUGGCAAUACUUCGAAAAGACUGAAACCCGAACCGGAUACCCGAAUGCCUUUAGGAUAUGCAAGGUGGUUCUCGCCAUCCUAGUCCUCAUCCACUGGAAUGCAUGUCUGUACUUUGCGAUCAGCUACGUGGUGGGAUUUGGCUCCGACAAUUGGGUUUACAACCUGAAUGGAGCCAGGAACGCCUCUCUCGCCCGACAAUAUAUCUACAGCUUCUACUGGAGCACACUUACCCUGACAACAAUUGGUGAAACACCGCAGCCGGAAAAUGACGCCGAGUACCUUUUCGUCGUUGCCGACUUUCUAGCUGGAGUUUUGAUAUUCGCAACGAUCGUUGGAAACAUCGGUAGCAUGAUAAGCAACAUGAACGUCGCUAGAGUUGAAUUUCAGAACCGCAUGGACGGCGUGAAGCAGUACAUGCAAUUUCGGAAGGUUUCCACGGAGCUGGAGGCCAGGGUGAUAAGGUGGUUCGCUUACACCUGGGCGAACAAACAGGCGCUGGACGAGGAACGAGUACUCGGAGCUCUUCCCGAUAAGCUCAAAGCGGAAAUUGCAAUUCACGUUCACCUGGACACCUUGAAGCAGGUUCGAAUAUUCCAAGACUGCGAGCCUGGAUUGCUGGAAGAAUUGGUGCUCAAGCUUCGCCUUCAGGUGUUCAGCCCUGGGGAUUACAUAUGCCGUAAGGGAGACGUGGGCAAGGAGAUGUACAUAGUGAAGAGGGGGCGGCUGAUAGUGGUGGCCGACGACGGUAAAACAGUGCUAGCGACUCUGGGGGCGGGAAGUGUCUUCGGUGAAGUGAGCGUCCUCGAGAUAGCCGGUAAUAGAACGGGGAACAGAAGAACGGCGAACGUGAGAUCAUUGGGCUACUCCGAUCUGUUUUGCCUCGCAAAAAGGGACCUUUGGGAAGCCCUCGCUGAUUACCCGGAUGCCAGACACUCCCUCACGGAACGAGGGUGCCAACUUCUUCGAAAAGACGGUCUUCUUGACGAGGAUGUUUUCCAGGGUGCCAAGCAAGCGAAGGACUCCAUCGCCGACAAGAUUGACCGGCUUGAAAACACCGUCGACAACCUUCAGACCCGACUCGCCCGACUUCUCGCCGAGUAUUCGAGCAGCCACGCAAAGAUGAAGCAGCGUCUCGCCCGAGUCGAACGUAGGGAAUCAUCAUAUCCAAGCGACAGCUGCAGCGAGCUGGAACUGGAACUGGACGAGGAACAGGGUGCGGCCGGAGGCGCUGGAAUAUCCGUUAAUCAACAUCGUCGUAGCUUCCAGCGGGCAAGGAGAAAUAAUUGCGCCAGAAGAUACAAGCAAAACACGGUUUAGUCCUAACUUUGCUCGUUAGAUCUCCACUCGGAAAAGGUUUCCUCGGAAUAACUUGCGCGCAGAGUUUUGCCGCACGGGGACGAUCGCUGAGCUAAUUGUGAGCUUGUGAUAUUAUACCGAUCGCAAAGUGCGUUGCUGCUGCUUUCCUCCUUUCGUUUUACCACGUUUGUUAUUUUAUUUUUUUUUUUUGGUCUUUUUCUUUCAUUUUAAGGAAAUAUUUUCUUAUACUCGCAUGCUCGAAGCAUGGCGGACGAAGAAUAUAAACAAUUAAAUAUCUUGUAGAUAAUUUGAAAAAGGAUUUUGUUCUCGUCGACUUGAGGUAUCUUGAACAGUGUGCACCUAACAGGUAAUUUUUAAUAGUGAAAAUAACCGGCAUAAACUAACGCUAAGAUAACUUAGAGUAUAUGAUACACGUAUGGCCUAAAAUGAAAAAUACGAGAACAACACAGACUUAAUUAAAAUAAUAACAAAAAAUAAUUGUUAUAACUGCACGAUUAAUCGUAAGGUGCGCAAUACAAUGAUGGAUCAUUUUUGUGAACUUACAUAUGAUGUGCGCGCGGGGCGUUGAAAUAUUAUAUUUUUGAUUAACUAGCGUUAAAAUAUGAUCGAACAGGUGCUAAAAUAUUUUCAAGCGAUCGACAGCUUCGACGUACUGGUGCGUUAUUAAACACGUGUUGAUAGGUGUUGUACUUGCCUGCAUCUGUUUUAACGUACACCAGAAUUUUCUUUUCAACAAGCUGUCGCUCGAACAAAACGCCAGUAAGUGAUAACCGUAUUUUAAUUACGAAUUCGGAUAAUUUUCUUUUUCGUUUUUUCCUUAUUUUUGCCUCUUGCGAUCUAACGAUUCAUACCUACAGGCUAAAGAUUAGGUAAAAUCGGAAACAUGUGGCGUGAAGAAAAUUGCGGUACGCCGAAGGAAAACGGAAGAAACCUUGCACAUACUUCAUUUACGCCAGCAAUUCAUCUAACUCGAGAGUAGAUGAAGCGAAAAAUGAGUCUUCGAGAACGGAAGUCCGUGGUCUGCGGUAGAGGCCGUUCCGGCUUUUGAAAAAUGAUUCAAACAACCAAGCCGCGUUCUGUUCGCUCUGAGCUGAUUGCGCACUCCAAUAUUUCCGAAAACCCGCGGCUGAAAACGGCUGUGGAAUCAGGCUGCUGCGAAAAUUGCUGGAGGAGUUGAAAGCCUCGACUCGUCCCGGUUUAUCGCGACGGAAAUAGAUCACCUAUACGGGCAGGUAACCUAGAUGACUGUUUCCCUUCAAUAUAACAUCCUAAUUCGGAAAGCUUACUGCUUACACUUCGCUAUUGCCAACGAGUGAAAUUAUGCGCAUCGUAAAAUGUAACAUGCGUCGGCGAAGAAAUCGCGAAUCGAAAGAAAGUCGCGAAAUAAUUUAUCGCCGAGUGUUAUUGUGAAAAGAAAAAACGAAACGGAAACACGCCGGCGGAUAUACGAUUAAAUAACGAAAAAUAUAAGCGAUCAUACGCAAUUGAACACAUUAAUGUUGAACGGUUAAAGAGAUACAUAUACAUAUAUGUACAUAUUAGAUAUUAAAAUGUACACAAGGAUACACCAUAUUUUAUAAUAAUAAUAAGAAUAACAAUAAUAAUAGUAAUAAUAAUGAUAAUAAUAAUAACAACAACAACAACAACAACAACAAUAUAUAGAGAUAUAUCUGGAUAAGCGAAUAGGUACCAAUAAAUCCGCGUCUAAAACGGCAUCAAAUGUUUUUUCCAAAGAUGAUUACGCAAACAUUGUGACUAGUUACAUAUCUAUUUUCGUAUGUUAUACGGCCGUAGGUAGCGGCGAUGUAAAUGAAUGUUGAUGAUUGCAUAGAAGAUUUUUGUAUUGGGCACUGUAAU